AUGGAGAAUACCAACUUCAAAUCCAUCAUUUACAAAACGUCAUCUGAUGGGAAAGUAGCGCACAUUAUUCUCAAUCGGCCAAAGCAUUUCAACGCAAUCGACCAGAAUAUCCCGGCCGAGCUACGAGCCGCUGUCCGCCUAGCCAACUUCGAUUCCAAGGUACAUUGUAUCAUUAUUAAAGGGAACGGACCUGGGUUCUGUGGGGGCUAUGACUUGGGCAUUUAUGCUGAACAUGCCCAACGCGGCCAGACCGAAGGCAGCCAGGAUCUAUGCAAAGGCUAUGAUCCCUUCAAGGACUACUUGACAAUGGGCGAAGCCACCGAGUGUUACUCAGAACUCUUCCGAAGCCACAAACCCACCAUAGCGCAAGUUCACGGGGCUGCUGUCGCAGGUGGAAGUGAUAUCGCCCUAUGUUGCGACCUGGUCGUCAUGGCGGACGAUGCUCGGAUUGGCUACCCGCCGAGUCGGGCAUGGGGUUGUCCUACAACAGCCAUGUGGGCGCAUCGAAUAGGACCGGAAAAGGCGAAGAGAAUGCUGUUUACGGGUGAUCUUAUAGAUGGCAAGGAAGCUGCAUCGAUGGGCUUAGUUUUGAUGUCCGUUCCUGAGGCUGAGUUGGAAGAAACGGUGAAUUUGUUGGCGAACCGAAUCAAGACUGUGCCUAUCAACCAGCUCUGGAUGCACAAACAGGUCAUCAACAGUGGGAUCGAGAGUUCUGUGCGGUCGAGCCAACGCUUGGCAACCAUUUUUGAUGGCAUCACGCGGAAUUCGCCCGAGGGCAUUGCCUUCCAGAACGCGGCGAUGCUGUCCGGCUUCAAGGAUGCAGUGAAGAAGAGAGAUGAACCCGGAAAUAGCGUAUCGUACAGGAUAAAGUGGAAGAAUAAGCUGUAA